CAGCCAACAGACGCAGACGCAGACAGUCUUCCAGCCUCAAUCAUCACGAGAGCGGGAACGCAAGCUUAACCAGCAAACUCACCCACUAAUUAGGCCAGAAUCCAUUCUCAAGGAAAACAGCAAUCAUAGCUAUGGCCUGCGCAACACUGAAGAGGUCCGUCGACUGGGAGUCUUUGAACCAGCGUCCACCCAAGCGCCGGCGCUGCAAUCCAUUUGGCCAAUCUGGUAGCAGCGCCAGUCCAUCAUCGUCCCCAUCGUCCCGGGAUCGCGAUGGUCCCAGCACCUCGUCGGGAUUGCCGCACACGCCCAGCAAUCGCUUCGCUAAGGACAACACUGAGCCUAGUCCCUUCAGCGAGGCCUCCUUGGCCAAAAUGUCGCCAGACAAGAUGGCUGAGAACUUGUGCAACGAGAUCAAGAGACUGCACAAGCGCAAGCAGUUGCCGAUAACGUCAGCGGCACUGGAGCGUAUGCAGGAUUCGGAGUCAAGCGGCUCGGAAAUGGGACCGGAGAGCCCACGUCGCCCGGACAGCCCGCCGAACUUGAGCCUGAUGCGCCACGGCGAGAAGGCGCUGUUCACGUUCAAGCAGGUGCAGCUGAUCUGUGAGAGCAUGUUGAAGGAGCGCGAGAACCAGCUGCGCGAGCUCUACGAGGGUGUGCUGACCACCAAGCUGGCCGAGCAGUACGAUGCCUUUGUGAAGUUCACAUACGAUCAGAUACAACGUAGCUACGAGGCAGCGCCUAGCUAUCUUUCGUAAGGCUGUGUGAAGAGCUCAUGAGCCUCACAAAACAGAAAUUAAUAAUUGCACUACGAUCUUAUGUGACGGUAGAGUCUUACCGCGACAACAACAGCCCUCAUUUAAACUAAAAAAACGAAAAAAACAUAAAAACAAAACCUUAAAAAAAAAAUAUUAAAAACAUACAUUGAGUUAUAUAUAUAUUUUGAAACAAAAAGAAAAGCUAAACAAAAAAACAAAAAAAGGAAGCAGUUAUAGUUUACGCCUAGAAUUACAAAUAAUUGUCAUCGGCAGCAGCAGGAGGAGGAGGAGGAGCAGGAGGAUCAGAGGAUAACUUAACCGCUAGCAUCAGAAACAAAUAAUCUUGUUACAUUUAUGUUUUUUGCAUAACAAAGAUUCUAAAUAAAAUGACAAAUAUCUAUUA